AUGGUCUUUUUUCAGCACAGUAACCUUACGGCCGUAGAGUGGGCGGCAGUAAGGCGAGAACUGAGGAAAGCCAUCGCCGUUGUGCCUCUGUCAACUUCAUGCUCCAAUACAGAGCCUUUGGAGCUCUGUCAGAGGGUACAGCUGCAGGUUUUAAGAACAAAUAUGCUGGAUGUUGCGUUGAGGAUAGUCGAGUUUCAUUGCCCCAAGGUAAUGCGGGGUCUUGGGUCUACGGUCCACCCCCCCCAAGGUUUGAUGAUACACGACUUGUCGAGGGCUGCUUACGACGCUAUUCGUACCGUCGAUACUCUACCAAGCUCUGCCUACACACAGAUUGAGCCACUGAUGACCGGACCGGUAGCCGCACUCGUAAUGCCUGUUGUGUCACCCGCUCACUUGGCUGCAGCAUUAAGCGUUCUUGCUCCAGUCCCUGGAAAGUUUCCGCCACCAACACGGACAACAACCCCAGGUUAUUAUGACCCGGCGUGCCAGAGUGGACUAGCAAAACUUGUUCUUAUUGGAGGGCGGAUUGAAGGCAAGAUCCUUGACCAGGUCGGGGUCAACUGGGUGGCUGGUAUCAAUGGGGGGUUGGGUGAGCUUUACAGUCGGCUUAUUAAUCUCCUCAAGGGCACUGGCCCAAGCGUUACGAGAGCUCUGGAUUACAGGAGCCAGAAUCUCUGGCUAACGUUAAAUGGAAGACAAUCACAGUUAGAAUAA